AGAAAGCGAAGAAAUCAGACGGGAAAACCCAGAACACUCCUCCAUUUUGUCGUUCGUCUGCGACUGUGGCAGUCUGGCACAGGAAAUCGAAGUUCAAAAACAGAGAGAGAAAUGUCGCGCGGUGCUGCUGGUGUUCCCGUCAGGACGCGUGUCGCCGCUGGAUUCGCCGUCGUUUUAAUCUCCCUCACCGUCGUCGCCCAUUGCUCCAACAAUGAUUCCGAGGUCAGAUGCAGCAAAAUCUGCGUUGCAGAGAAUUGUAAUUCUGUGGGGAUUCGAUACGGAAAGUUCUGCGGAGUAGGAUGGACUGGCUGCCCCGGAGAGAAACCUUGCGAUGAUCUCGAUGCUUGUUGCAAGAUUCACGACGAAUGUGUCACCAAAAAAGGUUUGACAAAUGUAAAAUGUCAUGAAAAGUUCAAGAGCUGCAUAAAGAGAGUGCAGAAAUCCGGUAAAGUCGGAUUUUCUCGAGUGUGCCCUUAUAAGACAGCUGUGCCGACUAUGGUACAGGGUAUGGAUUUGGCCAUCUUGCUAAGUCAAUUUGGUAACUCGAAGGCUGAACUUUGAUUGAAUCAUGAGAACCCCACAAACCAUCUAGAAGGCGCAAAAAAGAACAUAAAAAGAAUAGGAAAGGACAUAUAAUUGAAAGCCGUUUUACAGAAAUGGAAAUUGCAGGUGAAUUGGAUUGAUUUUCCUACCUAAUUUUGUAGUAUGUUUGUAGUUGUGAUAAAUCUUAUAUAGUUUUCUCCAUAGAGUCAUAUUUCAAACUCAAAGUUGCGGAAAUUGAAUGCGUUGGCAAAAUCAAGCUGUCUUUUGUACAGAUUUGACAAGUAUUGCUUCUAGCACUAGACGUACAAGAGAUGUCGAUUUAAAUAUCUAGGGACAGUUUUUUUUUUUUUUUUCCUUUCUUUUUUUGAUAUUGGAAUCGAGGACAAUGUUGGUACGAUGACUAG